AUCUACUCGGCACUCCGAGAACGAACCUUCAGAGCUCACAGUACACAUCAUUCUCAAAUAUCAAUAUCAUCAGAAGCAUUGUGACCUUGUGAUUAAUCAGUGCAAAGUGAUAAUUCGUUUUUGUUGUGGCCCCUUCAUUUGAUUUGACUUGAUUAUUUCACAUAAUGGCACCACACACAACAAGCUAUGCCGUUGCUGGAGGGAUGGAGUACGAGGAGCCAGUCUCCAGGACUUACCAGUAUCGCAAAGUGAUGAAGCCAAUGCUGGAGAGAAAGAGACGAGCGAGAAUCAAUCGUUGUCUUGAUGAACUCAAGGAUCUAAUGGUGACAGCACUUCAGGCUGAGGGUGAGAAUGUUGCUAAAUUGGAGAAGGCUGAUAUAUUGGAGUUGACGGUGCGUCAUCUUCAUACACUGAGGGCUGCUAGGAGGCUCACUUUGACACCUGAAAAUAGCUAUGCUGAUAAAUUCAGGGAGGGCUUCACUCAGUGUGCGCAAGAGGUAUCCACGUUCCUUCAGACAACUCCCGCUGCUGCUGCUGUUCAUCCCGCUGCUGGUGCACAACUCAUUCGACAUCUUGGAGGUUGUUUACGUCGGCUCGAGGGCUCCACUACUGCCAAUCAGGCCAAGACACCUGUCAAUAUUCCACAAGGAGUCUAUACACCACCCCAGAGUCCUGUCAGUGUCAGUUCGUCGGAGGAGUCUGUGGAGAGCUCCGUAUGGCGUCCCUGGUGAAAUUUUUUUCACCAUCCAGAGGGCCAACGCAAUCCGUCGGAUACAAUUUUGUGACGAAUUUAUAUUGUAGUUAGAGAUUAGAAAUUAUACGACGAAUCAGUUUGUCUUCCAGUUCAGAAUUAUUGGAUUAGAUUGUUCAAUCAGAAUUUUUUUUCUUCUUAUCUUUUUUUAUGGGUAGAAUUUGAUUACUCUAGGGUGAUGAAGCUUUAAGUAAUGUCUGUGAUAGGGAUUUUGUUGUCGUACCUGAGGUCAAUAUUUUCUCAUUGAUGAUUAAUUAUAUUGAAUCAAUUUUGUUAUGUUUAAGAUCUUUAGAUAUAGUUGAAACACUUGUUGAUACGAGAGAUUAAUAAGAUUGAGAGGAGAGUUGAUGAAUGCACUAUUGAUAUUUGAAUAAACAAAUCACUUUUUCAAUUUUAA